CACACAUUGCACUAUGGGAUACAGAGCCUCAGGGCUGGAAAGUCAUUUUCCACCCCCAGGGGCUGUGUUGAAGCCCCAUGCUCUCCCAGUUUAGUCAAUUUCAGUUCAUGACCAUGAAUUCCAUCUGUGCUCAAGUUCCUACUGCCAUGCCAUACAUGACAGGGAGGGUCUCUACAUAGGAUAGCGAUCCAUUCAUUGAACAAACAUUUGUGCAAGACCCGCUGUGCAUCAUUCACUGUUUGGGGAUCUGAGGAAGCAGGAUAACAAGGCAGACAGGUUCAACAUUCAUUAUCUCAGUCCAGCAAUGAGGGGAUACUUGAUUCCCCAUAGUUCAAAGAAAUUGUGCUGGGAACCCUAUGAGUAAAGAGGUGGUCUGUCUGACUUCAUCCAAAGCUGAGAUGAGCUAAGGUGAGCUCUGAAAGAUGAGAGUUGUGGGGUUGAUAGGAGAAGAAAAUUCAGGAAGAAACAUAGGAUAGGGAAGCAGAGAGUGAGCAGUUCCAAUGAGGGACAGAAACCAUGUGUGGAUACCAUCAGCUCUGCCUCAACAUCACCUGAGCCCUCCACAGAAAUGCAGGUUCUCAGGCCAAACUCCAUCCCUGCUGACUCAGAAUCUCAGAUGGAACAGCUUUCUUCCGUGAGCUUUCUGAUUUAGCAGCCUGUCCAGGUGACACUUUAAAGCAGGGAUUUGAAAGCCACUGGUCUAGAUUUGAGCAGGAAAGGGUGACAUAGGAAGGUCUGGAGGGGACAGGGGCCACAGCAAGAACUAUGAACCACCCUCAGAACCUUCUGCUACUCCCCAGAGGAAAUAAGAGUCGUUUCAGCACCUCGGUCAUGAUGGAGCAUCCUCACCCUUUAUUUAUGGUCAGCUUCUAUGUAGAAAAUGAACUAGAAGGGACCAGACCAGAAGCAGGGACACCUGCCAGAGGAUGCUGCAGAGGAUAAGAACCAUGUUCACCCCAUCCAGGGACAAGGAUGGAGUCUGUGGAGGGGGAAGUUGUGAACAGAGUAGAGAGAUUUAGAAGAUACUAUCUAGGUGCUUAGCAUCCAAGCCCUGGUUUCCAUGGUUUCUCCUGACAUCUGAGGGAAAGAACAUAUCUAUAUGUAGGAAACCAUGUGUGAUGAUCCCUACUAAGAACCCGGAAGGAAAAGGAAUGGGUAACAGAGUGACCUCAUUCAAGCAACAGAGACCACAAUCAGAUCACAAACACAUGGAACCACAGGCUACUGAAGAUGACUUCUGGGGCCCUACAGGACCUGUGGCUACAGAAGUGAUUGACAGAGAAAAGAAUCUAUACAGAGUUCAGUUCCCUGGAGCUGGUUACUACCACUGUCCCAACAUAGGACUCUGCUUUGUGGUAACAAGGGAAGCAACUAUCGAGAUUGGAUUCUGUGCCUGGAGCCAACACCUGGACAAGACUCCGUUGCAGGAAAGUCACAUGGUGGCGGGGCCUCUCUUUGACAUCAAGGCUGAGCAGGGAGCUGUUGCUGCUGUGUUCCUCCCUCACUUUGUGGAUCUCCGAGAGGGACAGGUGGAUACCUCCUGGUUUCGUGUGGCCCACUUUCAAGAACACGGGGUGGUCCUAGAAGUGCCAGCCAGGGUGGAGCAGUGCUACACAGUCUUGGAAAACCCAAGUUUCUCUCCAAUUGGAGUUCUACUGAGAAUUAUGUCUGCUGUCGGACAUUUAAUCCCCAUCACUUCUGUCACAUUGAUUUACUAUUACCUCAAUCUCCAGGAUGUCACCCUUCAUCUCUACCUGAUCCCCAAUGCCGAGGCCAUUCAGAAGGCCAUUGAUGAACAAGAAAUGAGGUUUCAGUUUGUUCGAAUACACAAGCCACCCCCAGUAGACUCUCUUUACAUUGGAUCACGGUACAUAGUGUCUGCUUCCAAGAACCUGGAAAUCAUUCCAAAGGAACUGGAGCUGUGCUACCGAAGCCCCAGGGAAUCCCAGCUCUUCUCUGAGAUCUAUGUUGGCCACAUGGAUUCAGAGAUUAAACUGAAAAUCACAGACAAGAAGACUGGAAAUCUCAAAUGGGAAGCCUUGCUGAAUCCAGGAGACCUCAGGCCUGCACAGCCCAUGAUCCCUGCAGUCCACAAAGAUGCUCCUGCCUUGCUACACUUUGUGGACCAGCAUCGGGAGCAGCUGGUGGCCCGAGUGACAUCAGUAGACCCUCUCUUGGACAAGCUGCAUGGUCUGGUGCUGAGUGAAGAGGAGUAUGAGGAGGUGCGGGCUGAAACCACCACCCAAAAGAAGAUGCGGAAGCUCUUCAGCUCUAGCCGGUCCUGGACCAGGGCCUGCAAAGAGCAAGUCUACCGAGCUCUGAAGGAAACACAUCCUCACUUGAUCAUGGAACUCCUUGAGCAGUCAGGAGGUGUCUCUGUGGGAUCCUGACAUCUUAGUGGCUGAGGGGUGAGAACUCUUCUUUGAUUCCUGACUCUUCCUGAUCAUCCUUUGGCCUCCAGUUUCUCCAUUUAUAAACCAGUGGCCAUCUGAGUUGCCCUUCAAAUGGCAAUGUUUCCAGGACACCUCUUGGGGAUGCAGAUGUCCCUCUUGGCUCUCCCCAUUCUGUUCAUAUGGGAUGUGCAUCUCAGGAAACUUCCAGUGGAGCCAGUAAGUCUAUUCAGCCUUAUCCAGCUGGCAUACGGCCGGAGUGUCCAGUCUCAAAACCACCUGACCAACCAUGAUACAAGCAGAACUGGGAGCAUGGGGAUGGAGACAAUGAGAUGGUGCUUUCCCUGGAAAAUGAAUUCUUAUGAAUAGGAAAGGAAGGGGGCUUCUUAAAUAUUUCCCACCCUCAGUUUUUGUUGUCUUUAUUGAUUCUAUUUCUAUUUUCACGUCUUGAACAACUUUAUAAUUUUCUUCCUCUGUUUCUUUGUAUUUUUAAAUUUUUUAUAGUUUUUUUUAUUGAGCUCUACAUUUUUCUCUGCUCCCUUCCCUGCCUCUCCUCUCUCCCACCAGCCCUCCCCAAAGGUCCCCAUACUCCCAAUUUACUCAGGAGAUCUUGUCUUUUUCUACUUUCUACUUCCCAUGUAGAUUAGAUUUAUGGAAGUCUAUCUUAGUGUCCUCAUUGUUGUCUAAGUUCUCUGGCAUUGUGGUUUGUAGGCUCGCUUUCUUUGGUUUAUGUUUAAAAACCACCUAUGAGUGAGUACAUGUGGUAAUUGUCUUUCUGUGUCUGGGUUACCUCACUCAACGUUUUCUAGCUUCAUCCAUUUUCCUGCAAAAUUAAAAAUGUCGGUAUUUUUUCUGCUGUGUAGUACUCCGUAGUGUAAAUAGACCAUGUUUUCCUUAUCCAUUCUUUGAUCAAGAGGCAUUAGGUUGCUUAAAGGUCCUAGUUAUGACAAACAAUGCUGCUAUGAACAUAGUUGAGCACAUGUCCUUAUGGGCACGAUUGAGCAUCCUUUGGAUAUAUACCCAAAAGUGGUGUUACUGAGUCUGGAGGAAGGCUGCCAAGAUCACAAACACUGAUGACAACUUAUGCUGGAGAGGUUGUGGGGGGAAGGGAACACUUCUGCAUUGCUGCUGGGAAUGCAAGCUGGUACAAACCCUUUGAAUGACAGUGUGGCAAUUUCUCAGAAAAUUAGGAAACAGCCUUCCACAAGACCCAGUGUUUUUUAAAUUUUUUUAAAGGGAUUUGUUCAUUUCCUCACAUUGUUUGUGUUCUACUGGAUUUCUUUAAGGGGUUUACUAAUUUAAUCUUUGAGGACCUCUGUCAUCUCCAUACAGGCUUUUGAGAUCUUUUUUUCUUGUGCUUUAACUGUGUUGGAAUAUCCAGGGCUAUCUGGGCUCUAGUGGAGACCUAUUGAAAUGGAUGUUAUUGAUUGUGCUUUUAUGCUGGCAUCUAGGCAUCUGGAAUUGGAAUGAUUAUAGGUCUAGGUGCUAAUAUCUGAAUUUGUUUUCGUUUAGGUGGGUGUUUUGUACCUUGCUUACUGUUUAUUCUGAUUAUAGGAGAGUGUGAUGGGUGUUUGCUGCCUGGUAGGAAGUUUUAUGCACCUAAUAUUUGUGGUCAGUGAGGUUUCCCAGAAAAUUUUAUUUCUUAUCAUUGACAGCUGGCUGUUAGGAAUGGGGCUAGGCUAAGAGUCCGAAGGAAUUCACAGGAGGGAGGAGAUCAGAGUGUUCUACAAGGACCUGCUUCUUUAGUCUCUUAUGAGACUAAAUAAUAGGAGGUGUUGGGUCCCUAGAUGACAGGCCUUCGCACCCCGGCUUGAUCUGUUUUGCACUCUUGUGGUUGGUUGAAAACAGGAACCAAAACGGGAAAGAAACUGUUGUUUUCAGUAAUGUUUCUAAGGAUGUUUACCCCUAAGCCAUGUGAGUUACAGUGAUGAGCUUUCCCACUUUUGCUGGCUUGUCCUCCCCUGCUGAGGGCUUUAUAUACUGUGUG